AUGCAUGAUCUGCUGUAUGCUAGUAGUAAAGGAAAAGAUGACAUGCAUUUCGAUGCGAAGCCAUCCUAUUCACCUAAACACAAAACACUUUCUUUUCUCAAUUAUGAGCUGAGUCCAAUAAAACAUAAGAUGGCAGCAGUACUUCCCGCUACACUUGGACACUUUGAUCUGCUUUCAAACUUCGCUGUCUCUUGCAAAAUGACGAAUCCAAAUAUUGGUUCAUUAUUCGAUGUUAUUUGGAUAGUUGUCCCAGAUAUUCAUUAUAGUAAAAUAUACGAGUCAUUGUUGAGGACUGAUUCUCUUCAUCCUGUCAUGCGUGUUGUCUGUGAAUCAUGGGUUCUACCAGAACAAAAAAUGUUUCACGUCUAUAAUCCAUGGUUAGUACAGCAAGACAUUAAACUGGCGAUUUCAGCUUUCAUCCGUACAGAUUAUUACUUAUGUUUCGAUGCUGAUGUCAUGUGUGGACGUGAAUUGCACUUUGAAGAUUUCUUUACUACAGACGGCCGAGCUAGGACAAGCGAGGAGAGAGCAUUAAGCUUCUUUGCAUUCACAAGUGGAAAUUUAAAUAAAACAUGCACAAACGUGAAACUUCCUCCGCCGUUAGUAAAAAACAACACAAGAAUGAUGGCUUUCACCCCACUACCCGUUCACACUCAUAUAUUAUUUAGCCUGGCUAGUUUUCUCGAAAAUCGAGAAGGUGAGCCAUGGCUACAAUAUUUGAUUGGGCUUCACAUAAAAAAUAAAAAAUGGACAGAGUAUACACUUUAUUGGAUUUAUGCAAUCUUCAUUCGGGCGUAUCACCGUUUACACUACCCAAUAAGUACUAAAGAAUUUUGUGGUACCUUACCCACCAAAAGCGGCUUGGCAUAUAAAUGGUUUUCACAGCUAAAUCAUACAAAUAGACCGCCAUUCGUUGGUGUGAAUGACCACGACAGAUCUAUAGACAUAGCACGGUUAUCUGCUGAAUUGCGAGCUGCAUUGUUAAAAUCACGAUAA